CAAAAAUGCUUAGAUCCAAACGACGACGUAGCAAAACCGGAUUUGAACAUUGUCCAAGUCAACCUGAUAGGGACCCUGUACACGUGGAAACUGGCUGUGCACUACUUCCGGAAGCAGCCCGAGUCAGCAGAACGCGACCGCUGCUUCAUCAUCACGGGGAGCCUGGUGGCUUACAUUGACUCGCCGGCGAAUUGGGAAUACACGGCCACCAAAUACGGGCUCCUCGGUUUUAUGAAGACUGUCCGACGUAGCAGCUGGGAGCAGGGCAUACGAAUCAACUACGUCGCUCCCUGCUAUAUCCGCAGUGCGAUCCGAAGCCCCGAAUACGAAAAGUCUCUGACGGACAGAGGGGUCAUGUUCGGCGAACAGGAGGACGUUGCGGCUUGUAUGAUGCGGAUCGCAUGUGAUCGGUCCAUCGAUGGUCGCUCCCUCAUGAUCGUCCCUCGAUCCAUGGCCAAAGAGGGUUUUAUGGAUAUUGAUAGAGAAGACUUUAGGGACACGGACAAGGACGCCUACUUUAAGCAGACACAAGAGACGCAGCUGGUCAUUAUUGAAGACAGGUGGAGAGAUGAUUACGUGGUGCCGAAAUAUAAAUAA